AUGUCCCUCAAAAAUGAACAAAAGAUCAUACAGGAAGUACAAAAACUCAUCACAAAACUCUUCAGAGACAAUGAGAAAAGAUGGCAAGUUUUGGAGGUAUUUAAAGAAUAUAUCACCACAGAGAUAAAAUCUAUAAACAAGCCCCAAACUGAAGACCUUGAGAACACAACAGAAACCCUCAACAAUGGCAUGGAUGCUGCAGAACAAAGAAUAUCAGAUUUGGAGGAUAACCAAUUUGAGAAAACACAAUUAGACAUAGGGAAGAGACUGAAUGAAGUUUUCAUCAUGCCUGUCAUGUCACACAGCUGUCUGAUUGUCACCAUUUUACUAGAUAGUGCAGAUGUAAGGGUAAAAUUGCUGCAGAGAUCAUUUCUACAUCCAAAUUUUCUGAUUUAUUCAUACAACAAAUCAAGAACAGUAUACAUAGAUACUGCAUUGUUAAAGACGCAUUGCUUUUACCAGGGACAUGCUGCUGAGAUUCCAAAAUCAGCUGUGAUUGUCAACACCUGCUUUGGCCUCAGAGGAUUAUUGCAGUUGGAUAAUGUCACCUAUGGAAUAGAACCAUUGGAAUCUUUGAUAACAAAUGAGCACAUGAUUCAUCAAAUAAGGAUGAAUGAAGCUGGUUAUUCCUCCCUACAAGAAAUUUACUCCUUAGGCAAGAAUGCACUGCAUUUUUACAGCAUUAUAGUCAAGUCACAUAAAGAUUUAGAUGUUGCAUUUCCAAAAAGGACUUUGAGAACGCACAUUGUUAUGGAUAAAUCCAUGUGUGACUUUAUGGGCUCUGAAGUGGUACUUUCAGCUGAAAAAAUUAUCUACAUGUUUGGUCUUAUUAAUGCUAUGUUUUCCAAGGUCAACAUCACCAUUAUGCUGUCCUCUCUGGAGCUCUGGUCAGAUGGAAAUAAGAUUUCAACAAAUGGGGAUGCUGAGGAAAUACUACAGAGAUUUCUGUCAUGGAAACAAAAACCCCAUGAGAUGUCUUACUUAUUAAUUUAUAGGGAACAUGCUGCUUUUGUGGGAACAACAUAUCAUGGAAUGGCAUGUGAUCCAAAGUUUGCCACAGGAGUUGCUCUGUAUCCAAAGAUGUUAACUUUAGAGGCAUUUUCAGUUGUUAUGGCACAAUUGAUUGGGAUUAAUCUGGGAUUAUCAUAUGAUAAAAUCCAUACUUGUGGCUGUUCAGGAACUACAUGUGUGAUGAACCCCACAGCAAUAUGGUCCAGUGGUGUAAAGUUAUUUAGCAGUUGCAACAUAGAAGAUUUCAAACAUUCCGUGUCACAGCCUGAAUUUGCAUGUCUUCAGAAAGAGAAUGUUCCGAAAGUUGCUUACCAAGGAAUACUUUCAACUUGUGGCAAUGGAAUUUUGGAAGGAAAUGAGCAAUGUGAUUGUGGUGUUCCAUCGCAUUGUACUCACCCAAGAUGCUGUAAUGCUGCAGACUGUACUCUGAUUGGAUUUGCUGAGUGUGGCACUAGCCAAUGCUGUGAUAAAGCAACCUGCAGGAUUGCCAAAAGGGGAACACCAUGUAGGGAAAGUCAAGACUUAUGCGAUUUUCCAGAAUAUUGCAAUGGAACGUCUGAAUUUUGUGUACCUGAUAUGAAAGCUGCCGACUAUCAACAAUGUGAUAAUAAAACUGCAUUUUGUUUGGAAGGAAAAUGCAGAAGUCUAGAAAGACAGUGCUCACAACUAUUUGGAAUAUAUGCUAAAGGCGCAAAUUACAUGUGUGUAAUAGAAACAAAUGUUAUGAACGACCCAUUUGGUAGAUGUGCCCGUGCACCAAGAAAUGAUUCCAGAACAGGCCCACACAUGGUGGAAGAUGGAACCACGUGCGGAGAAGACAGGGUUUGCAAUGCAAAUCUUAACUGUCAGUGUGAUCCAGGAUUCAGUCCUCCUUCUUGUGACCCAUCUCCUACCUCACCAGGAGGAAGUGUAGACGAUGGAUUCUGGUUCGCAGAACAUAAUGCUGUCUUUAUACAGAUCAGUGGCAGACGACAGCAUUGUUACCAUCACUGGGUCUCAGAGUCAAAGUGCGAAAUACGCAGCUUUGCCCUGGAAGCUGUUAAAGCUGCAACAAGAAAAACCCCAUUGUCAGCUGCUGUCCACUCUCAGAUGCCCAUGGCCAUGCUAACUUCUCCUGCACCUAUAAUAACUCACAUGUCCUCCAUCCAUCUAAAACAGGCUUUGGAAUGGGCAGUGAAAGCAGUACUGAUGAAGGGCAUCUUCAGUGCUCCCAGAUAG